CAACUAUGGUUUUUAGUGAAGUGACGUACGCUACCAACAUUCGCCACUCACCUCCAUCUCCAUGGCGGAUCGGGGUCAGGAGUAGGUAUAGCCGAACUCGUCACUGUAGACGAACAGAUGGCGACAGACAAUGGGUUUCAAUAAAAAAAAUGGCUAACUAUUUUGGAACUGAGUUACACAUUACACUUUUUAGGCGCCACUGAACUGAUGGAAGAAGCAGUGCAGCAUCCGGCAGCUGAUUCUACAGUAGUCUCGUCUUUCCGUCUUUCUUUCCUUUUCAUUACCAGGGCGAUGGGUUCUUCCGCCCACCUUCAAAGAAGGUGACGUCUGGAGACUACAGACCGACGAGGAGCAGAAGCAGCAAGUGCGUCUUUUUUCUGGGUUCAUCUCCUUUUCGUUACAGAUCUCUCUCGUUUCUGCUUGCCUUUCCAGCUUCCGAUCAUUAGAAUCUGCAGGUUCAGUUGGGGGAGAAUCGAAUCUCCAUUCCUGAUUUAGUUACGCAGAGAACCCUAGUUGUGAAACACUUCCGUUAGUCAAAAACAAGUCAAACAAAAGAGUGUGAAAGAGAGAAAGAUGACGAUGGAGAUGGUCGUCGGCACAAUUUUGGCGGGGAUUUUAGGGUUCUUAGCAUACAUUUACAGCUUCUACAUGUGGAAGCCGCGGCAGCUGAGACGGAAACUGGGGAAUCAAGGAGUGAAGGGACCUUUAGCUUCUUCGAAUCCUCUGCUGGGCAACAUCCCUGAAAUCAACCGGAUUCGUCUCCAGACAGCUAAAUCUAAACCCACUUUUUGUCUUGACGGAACCGCCGCCGGUCGACCGGAAAUCGACCACGAUUGGCCGUCCGUCCUCCUGCCCCACCUCCGGCAAUGGCGAAAGAAAUACGGUCCUACCUUCGUCUACUCCACUGGGACAAUACAGCUACUCUGCACAACAGAUGUAGAGAUGGUGAAGGAAAUCAGCCAUUUCACGUCUUUAAGCUUAGGGAGGCCUUCUUACCUCUCGAGGGAUUUCGGACCUCUGUUCGGCCAAGGAAUCAUCGCCUCCAGCGGUCCUACUUGGUCCCAUCAGCGCAAGAUCAUUGCUCCCCAGUUCUACACUGACAAGGUUAAGAGCAUGGUGAGCCUUAUGGUGGAGUCCACCAACUUGGUGAUGGCAUCUUGGGGAGCUGCGAUUGAUCGUUGCGAGGGAGGGGUUGCAGAUGUGAAUAUAGAUAAGGACAUGAGAAGCUUGUCCGCGGAUGUAAUCUCGAGAGCCUGCUUCGGGAGCAAUUACAAGGAAGGGGAGCAUAUCUUCUCUAAGGUUAGAGAGCUUCAGAUAGUCCUGGCCAAAGGCCACGCUGGAAUCCCCAUCUUAAGAUGCAGACACUUGCCAACCAGCAAGAACAGAAAAAUAUGGAAAUUGGAGAGGGAGAUCAACACCGUGAUCUUGGAUGUAGUCAAGCAGAGGGCAGCUGCUCUCGAUUCCGAGAGAGACCUUCUCCAAAUGAUACUCGAAGGUGCUAAAGAUGCCAGCAGUAACAACAGUACUAGUUCAAAUGUUGCCACUUCUCUCGACAAGUUCAUCGUCGAUAACUGCAAAGCCAUCUACUUUGCCGGCCAGGACACCACCGCAAUAAGUGCAUCCUGGACGUUAAUGUUGCUGGCAGCUCAUCCCGAGUGGCAAUCUCGAGCUCGAGAAGAGGCCCUACAGCUUUGCACACACAAGGUUCCUGACCUUCAUGCUCUCCAAAACAUGAAAACACUGACAAUGGUGAUCCAAGAGACACUGCGGCUCUACCCGCCAGCUGUGUUUGUGGUCAGGGAAGCUUUGGAGGACAUCAAGUUCAAGCACAUAACGAUUCCGAAGGGAAUGAACGUUCAAGUUCCCAUAUCGAUUGUACAGCAGGAUCCCGAGCUAUGGGGGCCGGAUGCACACCUCUUCAACCCUGAAAGGUUUGCUGGUGGAAUACUUGGUGCUACUACAACUACCAGCGGCGGCGCACAGGCGGCGUACAUUCCGUUUGGAGUCGGUCCCCGUGUCUGCGUCGGCCAGCACUUCGCCAUGAUGGAGCUCAAAGUCAUACUGUCUCUAAUUCUGCUCAAUUUCAGGUUCUCGAUUUCGCCUUCGUACGUCCACUCCCCAGGUUUUGCGUUGGUUGUGCAACCGGCGAAUGGAGUUUGGCUCCUCAUAGAGCGCGCGAACUGAUAUGAUUGAUGGGCGUGGGCUUGGCUCGUGUAUGAAAUUUGGAGAAAUAAACCAGCCUGCAAGACAACGCUUGACUUGACAAACUUGAUGAUGCGGGAUGAAUUCAGAAAAAGAAAUAAUUUGACCUAUUGUCUCGAAUGAUUUACAACGAGCCAAUUCGUAUUACCUGUUUGUCCACUCGAAUUACAUGCUCGUCGUUACACAAUUGAAAAUUGAUUCAAACCAUAUCAAUUCGAAAUUUGUCGGUUCG